CGCAGCCGCAAGCCAGAAGGAAGGUGAUCCGUCCAGACUCCAGAUUUAUCAGAAGCAAAACAGAUUUGGAGCUUCACAACAAUGGCUGCCGCUUCAUCCUCUUCUUCUGUGGUAUUUUGGGGUUCAGCGGCUUCCCGUCACAGUGACCGCCUCUUUGUCGGUCGUCUCGCUCCCCCCAGCCCUUAUGUGGUUGUGCCACGUGCCCCGUUCAAUUGCUCCACUCUCGUCUUUUCUCGGCGUCGUCGAAAUAGCAGCUCUGCAGUAACAUCCUCGACGACGGAGAAGAUGAAGAAGAAGAAUAAGAAGUUGAUAUUACCUGAAAAUGAUGAUGGGGAAGAGGAGGAUAUAGAUGAAGAUGCUUUUGAGGCACUCUUUAGACAGCUGGAAGAAGAUUUAAAAAAUGAUGACCUAUCUGUGGAUGACAGUGAUGAUGAAAUAAGUGAGGAAGACCUUGCUAAGCUUGAACAGGAGCUGGAAGAGGCAUUAGGGGAUGAUGAGCUUUCAGGAAUGUUUGACUCAACUACAGAUGCUACAAAAAAUGAUAUGGAGUCAGAAGAAGAAGAAGAAGAAGAAGAAGAAGAAGAAGAAGAAGAAGAAGAAGAAUUGAAGCUUAAAAAUUGGCAACUUAGACGAUUGGCUUCUGCGUUAAAGGAUGGUCGGCGUAAAACUAGGAUUAAGAGUCUUGCUGCUGAGCUUUGUCUUGAUAGGGCUGUGGUCCUCGAAUUGCUUCGCGAUCCUCCUCCAAAUCUUCUAUUGAUGUGUGCUUCUCUGCCAGAUAAAGUUGUGCCAACUUCAUUACCUGAAACUAAACCCAUGGAUCCUUCUGAAGGAACAGAAAUUGAUGCUGCAGAACCUGAGCCAAAGGUGAAAAUGCCAGUCCACGUCAUGCAAACCAGAUGGUCUAUGCAGAAGAGGCUGAAGAAAGUGCAAAUUGAAACUCUUGAAAGAGUUUAUAGUCGCACAAAGCGCCCCACUAAUGCAAUGAUCAGCAGCAUAGUACAUGUCACCAAUCUGCCACGCCGAAGAGUAUUGCAAUGGUUUGAAGACAAACGUGCAGAAGAUGGGGUUCCUGAUCAUCGCCUUCCUUACCAGCGGUCAGCUGCUGAUACUGUCUUUACCAGUUAAAGUCAGUUACAUCCGUUUGGUUCCAAUGUAUAUCCUUCUUUCUUUGAGAACUGACUAUUGGACUACUGGAGCAACGAUCUUUCAUCAUGAAGCUAGUGCCACGGUCUGGGUUAACAAUAAGAUAAUCGCCUCUAGAUUUGGAUCACUAUUUCUCUUGUAAUGGUUCAUAUAAUAUUUCUGUAACUGUAUUGAUUUAGGGGGUUUCUAUAUGUUUAAACAUUAGAACCCCUUCUAACAUAUUUAUCUUUGAAAUACUGGAUUGAAAAAAUUGAAAAAAAAAUUGAAUAUUGC